ACCGGUUCGGGACGGUCGGAGCUGUAGCGUGGAUCUGAUGAGAGGCGGCGUGUCGGUGCUCACACGCUCACGCGCGCGCGCGCACACACACACACGUUGACUGUGAGGAACUAUGAGGAGACUCGACUGCUGACCGAGUGGCGACGUGGUUGAUGGGAUCGUAGCAAGAUGAAGACCGAGGAGCGCAAGAUUCUCAACCAGGGCCUGGAGGACGAGAUGGAGGUUUGGGGUUACCAGCCCUGUCUGUGGAAAAGGGUCCUGGUGGGUGCUGGUGUCGUGUGCUCCGGCGGUCUCCUCCUCCUGCUGCUUUACUGGCUUCCUGAGUGGGGCGUCAAGGGAACCUGCACCCGAGCCUCACUAAAGGAGGCCCAGAUUCUCCUCCUGCAAAGCACGGAUGAGUUCAAGCAAUGGUUCCGGACCAGGGUCAGUGUGAUGCUGGCUCCAGGUCGAUCUCCGUUCGACAGAGUGGAUUCGAAGGUCGCGGCACAAAUACCAAACGGAGACGCAGCGACUGCACACGAGGCACGUUGUGAGAAAUUCAGCCAGACUUUUAAGAUCCGAUACUUCACUCACCACAGUACGAACUACUACUGGAACGAAGCGGCGCAAACCUUCGAAGUACACAAAGGCUUGGAGGAUUUGAAGGUGACGUGUGCUGCUCUUCACUCCGACCACAGCGCCGGACUUUUCAAAACAGUGCAGGACUUCAGGCAACUGUUUUUCGGAGAGAAUGAGAUUGCGGUUAGAGUUCCGUCAUUAUUCAAGCUUCUCAUAAAAGAGGUGCUGAAUCCAUUCUACAUCUUUCAGCUCUUCAGUGUGAUUCUCUGGAGCGCUGAGGACUACUACUACUAUGCCUCCGCCAUAGUUCUCAUGUCAGUCAUCUCAAUAGUGACUUCACUCUACACCAUUAAGAAGCAAUACGUGAUGCUUCACGACAUGGUGGCCACACACAGCAUCGUCCAGGUGUCGGUCUGCAGAGGAGAUAAAGAUUUUGAACAAGCCAUGUCGACGGAGUUGGUGCCGGGUGAUGUCAUUGCAAUUCCGGCCAAUGGUCUGAUCAUGCCUUGUGACGCUGCACUCAUCUGCGGAACCUGCAUAGUCAACGAGAGCAUGCUGACCGGAGAAAGUGUUCCGGUCACUAAAACCAGUCUCCCGAGUUCCGGCGAAGAGUCAGUCCAGAUGUAUAAUAUGGAGGAACACAAGAGACACACUCUCUUCUGUGGCACUCAAGUGAUCCAGACUCGCUUCUAUGCCGGCGAGGUGGUCAAGGCUGUGGUGGUGAGAACUGGUUUCAGCACAGAGAAGGGCCAACUGGUGCGCUCCAUCCUCUACCCGAAACCCACUGACUUCAAACUGUACCGCGACGCGUAUCUCUUCCUUCUGUGUCUGGUGGGCGUGGCAGGGAUCGGCUUCAUAUACACCAUCGUCCUCAGCGUCAUGAGCAAGGUGCCAGCGAAAACUAUUAUCAUUGAAUCUCUGGACAUCAUCACGAUCACUGUGCCUCCCGCUCUCCCGGCGGCCAUGACAGCCGGCAUUGUUUACGCACAGCGGCGUCUGAAGAAGGUCGGCAUAUUCUGCAUCAGCCCUCAGAGAAUCAACAUGUGCGGUCAAGUCAACGUGGUCUGCUUUGACAAGACUGGGACUCUCACAGAGGAUGGCCUGGACCUGCGGGGCAUUCAGAGAGCAGAAGCUGGCAGCUUUUAUCCGCCGGAGACCGAGGCGUCGAAGGAAGAUCUGGUGAAGACAAGAUUUGUCACCGGCAUGGCUUCUUGCCAUUCACUCACCAAAAUACAGGGGGAGCUCUCUGGAGACCCUCUGGACCUCAAGAUGUUCAACGCCACAGGCUGGGUCCUGGAAGAGGCCACUGAGGAAGAGACGGCGCUUCACAACCCCAUCAUGCCCACCGUCGUGCGACCGCCCCGACAGGUCAUCCCAGAGGCCAACCAGAAUGACCCUCACACUGAGAAUCUGGAGCUGUCAGCAUUAUCAUCUUAUGAGGUUGGAAUAGUUCGCCAGUUCCCCUUCUCCUCCACGCUACAGAGGAUGAGUGUCGUGGUCAGGAAGCUGGGGGAGAAGCACAUGGACGCCUACUUGAAAGGGGCACCAGAGGUCGUGGCUGGUCUUUGCGCUCCACAGACAGUCCCGCAGGAUUUCGCUGAAACUCUGGAGACUUACACCAAGCAGGGUUUCCGGGUCAUAGCUUUGGCGCAUCGCCAGCUGGAGUCCAAACUCUCUUGGCACAAAGUACAGAGUCUGAGCAGAGAUCUCAUAGAAAGCAACAUGGAGUUCCUCGGUUUGAUCGUCAUGCAAAACAAGAUCAAAAAAGAGACUGCAGGUGUCCUGGUUGAUUUACGGCACGCUAACAUCCGCACCCUGAUGGUCACAGGUGAUAACAUGUUGACGGCAAUAUCGGUGGCUCGAGACUGUGGCAUGGUUCGUCCUCAUGAGAAAGUCAUCAUCGCAGACGCUGCGCCUGCAAAGGAAAACAGUCCCGCCAGCAUCACUUGGACUUAUACCGAGGACGCUAAAGACGCUCAGACUGUGCAGAUCAACUUAGAGGACAGCGAGUUUGGCCAUCAGAUGACUCAGCACGAGCAGAGCUACCAUUUUGCCAUGAACGGUCGAGCGUUCGCGGUUAUCACGGAGCACUUCCCUCAUCUGGUCCCUAAGCUUCUGUUAAGGGCGACUGUGUUCGCCAGAAUGUCUCCGGACCAGAAGACUCAGUUGGUGGAAUCGCUGCAGAACAUUGAUUACAUUGUGGGAAUGUGUGGUGACGGUGCGAACGACUGUGGAGCCCUGAAGAGGGCGCACAGCGGCAUUUCUCUGUCGGAGCUGGAGGCCUCUGUGGCGUCUCCCUUCACCUCUUCCACCGCCAACAUCUCCUGUGUUCCCAACCUCAUCAGGGAGGGUCGCGCUGCUCUCAUCACAUCGUUCUGCGUCUUCAAAUUCAUGGCUCUCUACAGCAUCAUCCAGUACCUCAGUGUCACUCUGCUCUACUCUAUUCUUAGCAACCUGGGGGACUUUCAGUUCCUCUUCAUCGACAUUGCCAUCAUUCUGGUCGUUGCUUUCACAAUGAGUCUGAAUCCAGCGUGGAAGAAGUUGGUGCCCAGUCGUCCUCCGUCCAGUCUCAUCUCCGGGCAGCUGCUCUGCUCAGUCCUGACCCAGAUUCUCACCUGCCUGGUCUUCCAGGUCACGUCCUUCCUUCUGGUGCAGCAGCAGAACUGGUACGAGGUUUGGACGCCUCAGUCAGACGCCUGCAAUGUGUCCUCCUCCGUCCUGGCUAGCAAUGUGAAUGUAACUUCGCCUGUGAACCACAAAAACAUCAAGAACUAUGAAAACACCACGCUCUUCUACGUCUCGACCUUCCAGUACCUGGCCGUGGCCAUCGUCUUCUCCAAGGGGAAGCCCUUCAGACAGCCCAGCUAUAAGAACUGGCCCUUCAUGCUGUCCUGCCUCUGCCUGUACGCCUUUCUCCUGCUCAUCAUGCUGAAUCCUUUCGCCGCCAUCGACAACUUCCUGGAGAUCGUGUGCGUCCCUCACGACUGGCGCGUCACACUCGUCAUCAUCAUCUUAACCAACACAGUGGUGUCGUUCGUAGUGGAGAUUUUGAUCCUUGACAUCAUCUUGUGGAGGCUAUUUUUCAAAGAGAGUCAGGCGGUAAAUCGGACCGCCGCGGCCACGUCUCCUAACGCACCGCAGACUUCCAAUGAGCGCUGGGCCUCGCGCUUCCUCCCCUGGUUGUUCUGCCGCCGCCACAAACCACCAAAGGUCAAGUACAUGCAUCUGGCUCUGAAGCUGCAGGACGAGGCCGACUGGCCGCCGCUUCCCUGCUCGGUCACCUACGCCAACCCUUCCCAGACCUCCAAUGACCUCUGACCCGGAACCAGCCACCAGUGCAGACUGCUCUCACAGAGGUCGCAGUCAAGCUCACGGAUGCUUGAGAUGCCGCCGGACCAUAGUACUUGAGCCAGUUAAAUCCACUUCCAACAACUAUGACAUCAUCAUCAUCAACCUAUAAUUCUCCUACUAGUCAUAUUGAUUUAGGGAAACAUUCCAGUGUGAUAAUAUCCAUGUGACGAGCCAAACGGUGGCAUUUUUUAACUUCUUCCUGUGGAAGAGAGUGGUACAGCGCUAAAGAUUAACACGUCUCUCAGUCUCAUGGUGCUACAAUGAAGCUAGUGUCAUCUUUGCAUUUACUCCUGCUUUUUUUGCUUUGUAUUUCUAUCAGCACUGCCUUUUUUUAACCCUUAUUUUUAAACUGAAAUGCAUGCUUUUACCAGCGACAUCUACUACACAACCGCACCACUCAGAUUAGCAUUAUGCUAACACCACUGCUAACACAAGACAGGAAUGGAGUGGCUGGUGAAGCGAGGAAGCUUCAACACAGUAUUAUUCAGUCCGAUACACACAUCUCUGGGGCCCAAACCCAGCCCGCCUUGUCAUUUUAUGUGGCCCUGUAGAGCGUUAGCUAUAGCAAUAGCAUGUGGAAUAUAGAAAUUACAGCGCUCAAGAUUUAUCCUUCUCACAAGUGGAGAUUAUCAACGUCAACAGAUAAGCUAGACACUGUUCCAGUAAUAUUAGCGGUGGUGCUAAUAUUAGCCUGAAAGGUUUUGAGCGUGCCAGUAGUGACGGGCUGAUGAGACUUUGUGAAACAGUGUCGUCGCUUUCAGAGCUCAGUAGGCGGCGCUCAUGGUUUAAAAAUGAUGCAAUGUUUUAUUGAAAUGGUUGUUGAAAAUCCAAAGAUUUUAGAGUGCCAUCUAGUGGACUCUGAAAAUGCGACACUGUUUCAUGAAGCCUCAUAAGCCCACCAUGAGGGUAAUGAUUGAGUCGGGGGCCACAGCUUAAGUUGUGUUUUGGCCCUUUACGUGAUGGAGUUUUACACCCUGGUUAGUGUCACGAGUCCAACCCACUUAAAACUGUUUCUUAGCUUGUAGUUUCAGGAUCAACUGUAAACAUAUGAAUGUUUUGAAUGCUUUUAUUGUCUGUAUAUUCUGAAAAUAUUUUAUUCCUAGCUGUUAUUUUUAGCCAACAUUUACUGAUGCAAAGUGAAUCCUACGCUGCUGAUGAUUUGUGUGUACAAGUGUAUCAAUGUGUUGCUAUGUUUUAUAAAGAGGGACGAUGUUUUUAAGUAGUUUCUGGAAUUUUGUGAGAUGAAAAUGUGAGGCUUUUAAU